AUGUUCAUAACCACAGGAUUGUGCCAAACGGUCGUAUUUGAAAAACGCCUGUCCAAGGAUUUCCGAAAACAUUCGGACAUUCAAAGAAUAUAUGAAAAUCGCUCCGCGAGAGUUUUGGAACUGCGAUGCGUCGGAGCAGAUAGAAGGCAACACAUUUUUCAAACUGGGACCAAUCUUUCAAAGAAUUCCGGAAGCGCUCGAAGAUACAAUUACAUGAAACUGUUAGCCAAAGAGGAGGUCUUAGGUAAUUCCAACAAUUGCAAGGGUGCUAAAAACGUGACGAUCUAUAUAAAGGACUUGGAUCUCUUGGUGCCAGGUUUAUCAGAUAUCUGCUUCUGCACUUGUGACGACGUCUGCAAUAAUCACACGCUACGUCACUUUAGCUUGAGAGAUGUCAUUUCUGACGUCAAAGACAACAAAGUCAUCAGGUGCGAGACUCGUGAGCAAGAGUAAACAUCGAUACCCUAGAUGCGCCACCAAACUGUGUCCUUACCGGCUUGAGAUUUGCGCUGGAUGAUAAAGCCUUAAAAUUGGAAAUUCGAUACACGCCGUUUAACUUCAUUACCGGCCAUCUAGAUGACGAUAAAUCACAGUGGUAUUCUAAUCCCUCCGAGGAUGACUCUAGGUUUGAAAUGAAUAAAGCCGGCAACGAAUUACUUACCGAUCACGUGAAUCUAAUUGAGAGCGAGAAGACAAAGGGCUUUGUUAUGUUCAAGCCGAGCUCUUUAGAGACUGACGUUGGUCAGAACGUCGUUCCUUACAUCGAUAGUCAGCCGAUCGUUCCGGCUCCCUUUACUUUGCUCUCCGGCGCUGGCAUUGCUCUAAGGGAUAACAAAAUAGGAUCAUCUGGAUUUUUGACGCUCAAGCUUGUUACGUACGAUUAUUCGGGCCAUUUCGACGACAAAUGCGAUAAGGAGACAAUUAGAAAUAAUUUUGAUUUUAGCCUAUUUUAGAAUAGGAUUGUUACUAUUCUAAUAAAUAGUAGAGCUGAUUUAUUUUUGUGUAACUUAUUCUUAACUGCCUAACGUUCAUAUGUCACCUGAUUUGUUGAUAGGAAUAAUUAUUAUAAUUCUGUGGAUUUGGUUGAGACUAUAAUUAUAAGAGGAGUUAUAUUGGCCAGAAAAACCGACUUAUUUUUUAUAAUUUUAGCCGAAUCUGUGACCCAAAAAGUGUUGACUUCAAUCUUCUAGUCUGUGCUUUUCAACGAGAUUAUGUAAAAAUGACUGAUAAGACAAUAGAUGUACUAAUAUUCGAAAUUUAAAUAUAGUUACGCCGACCUCA